AUGGUGAAAGGAGACACAUUGCUUCAACUUUCGAGAAGGAGAGUACACCAUCACACUAAAGGACAUCGCCAUCCUAACCCAUCUGCCCAUCGACGGCAAUGUGGUGUGUGCUAG